AGCCCCCGCACAAGAAAAUGGUGUCUGCCUGAUUGUUUGCAGCCGGAGGUUGCUGUCAACAAAGCUAAUCGAUCGGGAGCUGUGUUCGCGAGGGCAGGACUGGCGGACAGCGACGCCCGAGAGUCACUUCGCGGCACCGGAUCACUUUCCCGACGCUCCGCGAGGCCCGCUGCUACUGCCGCUCUACGAAGCCGCUCAAUCCCACACCAGCCAGUUGCCGUUUCAGAAGAAAGCUCCACGCUGCGUCCCCGCUGCUUCCGAAGCCGAGACAUCGUUUGCCGUUUCUCCAGCGGGGCUCUGCCUGAUCUCUUCAAUCUAAAGGGAUUGAAAUGGCCCAGUCUGUUAUCACCCAAGUCUCGAAGGAGAGUGACUCAUAUGCACCGUGCCCUUUACCUGAGAAAGAGUCCAGUAUCAACAGUAAACGGAGCGGCGGGCUAAUGGGACGUGGAGCAGGGGCAGGGGAGAGGGGGCGGAGGGAAAACUGGGAUCUCGUCCGGUGCCUGGUGGUCUGUCGCUGGCUCAUCUCGUGUAUGAAGAAGAAGAAACGGCCGUCGGGGGGACCACCUUCCAAAACACCACUCCCAGCACUCCUCCGACUGACCCAGACACCACCUAUGUACCAAAGGCCACCGACUGACAAGAAGAAAUGCGGUCGUGAUGACCUAGCGAGGACCUGUAGUCACAUAGCUCUUUCAAGGUGGGUGGAAUUGACAGGAAAUUCAUGGUCCGCAGUGGAGAGAUAGAGGGAGCAUCCACCAGGUGUCUACGUCCUCUAAGAGACCUACUGCGACGAGUUCUCCACAGAAUGGGCGAGAUAGCAAGUAAUGAGUGCAUUCGCUACUCAACUGCGCCAGCGUAGGGCACAGUAAUGCAGACCAUUGCCGAUCUCCUGACCCCCCAAUACCUUCAGUACAAGACCUCUUCAGAGAAUCCUGUGUCUUCCACAGAGGAAACUAUGGUCAAGACUUAAGUAGUUGGUAAGGGACAUAGAAAAGGGUCUUAUCGACAAUUCUCCACAGUCCUACAUAUUGCAUCGCAGACAAUGCCAGUACGGUGACAGACA